AAAUCGCUCUUGAUCUCUCAUCUACUCGACCCUAUCGUUAUGCGUCUGAAACAAAAGCUAUUGGUGGGACAAAGCGAGGAGGAGGCUGAGGUGUGGCAAACCUCGCGAUGGUUGAAUAGAGAUAACGUGCCUCUACCACCCUCAAGACGGACUUGGGGACCUUGGUCUUACGUUGGAUUCUGGAUCACCACCGGAGUGAACAUCUCUGGCUGGUCUGGUGGUUCUGCCUUGCUGUCACUGGGAUUGACUGUCGGUCAAUCGAUGGCUGUCGCCGUUAUUGGGAAUCUUUUGGUCGCAACCUGUGUGGUCCUGACUGGUUUGGUUGGUGCAAGAUGGCAUGUUGGAUUCCCCAUGUGGAAUCGAAUGACUUGGGGUCUUUGGGGCUCGUUGUUCCCGCUUGCGAACCGAAUCAUCCUGUCGUUUACAUGGUCUUCCACUCAAGCGUGGUUCGGUGGACAGGUUCUGAAAACUCUGCUGGGCUCUCUUGCUCCGUCGAUCUACACUAUGCGCAACGUAUUUCCAGCAUCGACACACAUGGAUUCCGCCGACUUUCUAUGCUUCAUCAUUUUCCUCCUGUUAUCGUUUCCAUUGCUCCACAUCCCGCCCGAAAAAUUCCGGAAGCCGUUCAUCGUCGCCGCCAUCACUUCGAGUAUUACUGCAUCCUCCCUACUCAUCUGGUCUGUGGCUAGAGCACGGGGUGGCGGACCACUCUUGUCUGGAAGCCAGACUGAGUACACUGGCAUACAGCCCGCAAAAGGUGCGGCCCUUGCUUGGGCCAUGUUCUACGGGAUUUCCUCUCAGAUGGGUGGCAUCUGUGCCGGGAUCCUUAACAUGUCUGACUACACUCGUUUCGCUGUCAAACCCGGUGAUCAAGUAUGGUCACAGAUCUUUGUCGUCCCCAUCAUGAGCAUCCUCACCUGUCUCAUCGGUAUCGUCUGUACCUCGUGUGCCGCUCAGUUCUAUCCCGAAGCGGGCCUGCUAUGGACGCCAUACGGACUGCUCAGCACCAUUCAAGCCAACGGAGGAAAUGGCGCGAGAGCAGCGGUUUUCUUCGCCUCACUUGCCUUCCUCAUUGCUCAGUUCGGAAUCAACAUUGCAGGCAAUGCGAUCUCCGGAGGAAUCGACUUGGCGUCGCUAUUCCCCAGGUACAUCAACAUCCGACGAGGCGCUUACAUCACCACACUCAUGGCACUGCCCAUGUGUCCGUGGGCUCUGUUAUCAGGCGCGACCGUGUUCAUCUCUGUCAUGGGCGGGUACGCCACAUUCCUUGGGCCCAUGACCGGUGUCAUGGUGUUCGACUACGUUGUAGUGAGGAAGCAAAAAAUGAAGCUCUCGUCUCUGUACGACGCCUCUUCGAGCUCGAUCUAUUGGUAUUGGCGUGGCAUUAACUGGAGAGCUCCUGUGGCCUGGGUACUGGGCGUAGCGCCACUAUUCCCGGGAUUCCUGGGUGAGGUAUCAACCAUCUCAAUUCCCAUCGGACUUCAGCAUGCGUACUACCUAUGCUUCCCUCGUGAGUACAUGAGCCUGUGCUGUCUAACAACAGUGGGAUUCACGAUUUCUGGACUCCUGUACUGGUCGUUGGCCACACUCUUCCCUAUUCCUCAUCUAGGCGAGAUCGAUGAUUACGAUGUUUUCGGCACAUUCGGGCAAGCCGAAACCUCGGCCAAAGACCUUUCAAAUGACAGCGAGAAGAACGAUGCUGUGGAACCAGUUGUUGCAGUCUUGCCUGUAUAGGCUCUUGGGUGAAGAAGGGGUAAAUCCGCCUCGGCCUGUUUCUCGUUGAGCCGUUCGGAGAAAUAGUACAGUAUUGUGAAACAUGCAUAGAGAUUAGGGAACGG